AUGUGGAGGCUGAAGAUUGCAGAAGGAGGUAACAACCCUUUUUUGUACAGCACCAACGAUUAUGUAGGCCGACAGACAUGGGAGUUCGACCCCGACUAUGGAACGUCCCAGGACCGAGCCGAGGUUGAAAAGGCUCGUCAAGAAUUCUGGAACAACCGCUACAAGGUCAAGCCCAGCAGCGAUCUCGUCUGGCGGAUGCAGUUUCUACGAGAGAACAAUUUCAAACAGACAAUACCCCAAGUGAAAGUUGAAGAUGGAGAAGAUAUAACCUAUGAAACAGCAACAGCCACGCUUAAAAGGGCUGUUCACUUCUUCGCAGCCCUGCAAGCCAGCGAUGGCCAUUGGCCUGCAGAAAAUGCUGGUCCAUUGUUCUUUCUUCCACCUUUGGUCAUGUGUCUGUAUAUUACUGGUCAUCUUAACACUGUGUUUCCAGCAGAACAUCGUAGAGAAAUUCUCCGCUACAUUUACUGUCACCAGAACGAAGAUGGUGGGUGGGGUUUACACAUAGAAGGCCAUAGCACGAUGUUCUGCACCACUCUGAGUUACAUUUGUAUGCGUAUACUUGGAGAAGAACCCCAAGGUGGCGAAAACAAUGCCUGUGCUAGAGCAAGAAAAUGGAUACUUGACCAUGGCACCGUCACAGCAAUACCUUCAUGGGGGAAAACAUGGCUUUCGGUAUGA